GGUCACGUGAUCACAACACGACGGUUUUGCCGCGAAACUGAGCCGAGAGUCCUCCCGUGUUUACCGGUGAUUAAAACGUUAACUUAAUCAGUGAAGUGUCGGUGUGCGUGUGUGUGUGUGUGUUUACCGGAGCCGGGAUGUUCUGUGAGAAAGCCAUCGAGUUAAUCAGAGAGCUGCACCGGAUGAGCGACGGACAGCUGCCCGCUUUUAACGAGGACGGACUGCGGCAGGUUCUGCAGGAGAUGGAAGCUCUUUAUGAACAGAACCAGACUGAUGUUAACGAGGCGAAGGCUGGCGGUCGAGCUGACCUCAUCCCGUCCAUCAAACUGCGUCACUGCUGCUUGCUGAGGAACCAGCGCUGUGUCGUGGCCUACCUGUACGACCGGCUGCUGAGGAUUAGAGCUCUGCGCUGGGAGUACGGCAGCGUGCUGCCCGCCAACGUCCGCUUCCACAUGUGUGCGGAGGAGUCUGAGUGGUUCAGUCAGUAUAAGAAGUCUCUGGCGUCUUUCAUGCGCUCUGUGGGAGGAGGAGACGGUUUGGACAUCACUCAGGACAUGAAGCCUCCUAAGAGUCUCUACAUCGAGGUGAGGUGUUUAAAGGACCACGGAGAGUUUGAGAUCGACGAUGGAACAGUGAUCCUGCUGAAGAAGAACAGUCAGCACUUCCUGCCGCGGUGGAAAUGUGAGCAGCUGAUUCGUCAGGGUGUCCUGGAGCACGUGGUGUCCUGAUGGAGGACUGAUGUUCAGCCGAUCACCGAACAAUCAGCUGAUCGGUGACACACUGUGUGCCUCAGAUAACACAGACGUCCUGACUUUACCCCGUUCCCUGAACACAACACGUCUGUUUAAAUAUUAAUCUGAUGUCAAAAUAAAAUAAAGUAUUUCUUUUUUUUUCA